AUGCGUUUCUUCCAGAUGGUCGCUUCCGGCGCUGCCUUCAUCGCCGCUGCUCUCGCUGUCGAGAUCAACCAGUACCCCACUGGCGGUGUCAAGGCCGGUCAGACCUACACCGUCACCUACUCCCCUGCCGACAACACCCCCACUACCUUCAUCCUCCGCAAGGGCCUCUCCACUGACCUUGCCACCAUCGGCACCCUGACUUCCACCGCUACCGGAGGUACGUUCUCCUGGACUGUUGCCAGCGACCUUCCCGACGGCAGCGACUACGCUCUUGAGAUUCGCCAGGCUGGCCAGUCCCCCAACUACUCUGGCCAGUUUGGCCUGACCGGUGGCUCUGCCGUCGCCAGCUCUUCUGCUGCUGCCUCUGCAUCUGCCUCAUCCGCAUCUGCCUACUCUGUCUCCUCGGUCAUCGCCUCGCACGCUUCCUCGGCCUCGUCCGCUGCCUCCGCCUCCGCUUCGUCUGCUGCCUCGCUCUCCAGCCUGAUCUCCAGCGUUGUCUCCAGCGUUCACGCUUCCGCCACUGGCACCGGUGCCAUCAUCUCCACUGCCAGCCACAAUGGUACUGUCUCCUCCGCCACUCUCACCGGCUCUGCUACCCGCUCCACCGGCAUCCCCGAGAGCACUGGCGCUGCCAGCUCGCUCUCCUCCGCUCCUCUGGCGCUCCUCUUCGGUGCCGCCGGUGUCUUCGCCUACCUCAACUAA